AUGAAGACGCACACUCUAGUAUCCAUAGCUCUUCUGGGCCUGCUGCUGUGGGCCUCCUGCAUCCAGGCCAACGACACAGACGACACAGACGAUGACCCAGAGACAGAAAGAAAAGAAGCCGUAUCAAUGGACGACGCAUCAGGAGAGUCAGAAGAGGAUACCAAAGAUGCACCAAAGAAAGAGAAAACAACUGAGAUAGAGGAGGAGAAAGAUGUAAUGGUUCUCCACAGCGUCAACUUUGACAGAGCACUCAGUGAGAACCAGUAUUUACUGGUGGAGUUCUAUGCUCCAUGGUGUGGCCACUGUAAGCAGCUGGAACCUGUGUAUGCCGAGGCUGCAGGGAAGCUGAAGGAGGAGGGAUCAGCAAUACGUUUGGCCAAAGUGGAUGCCAUAGAGGAGAAGGAGAUAGCUGGGGAGUUUAUCAUCGAAAGUUUCCCAUCUCUGAAACUGUUCCUCAACGGAGACCGCAAGGAGACUGUCGACUUCACUGGUAAGAGGACAGCAGAGGGAAUGGUCCAGUGGUUGAAGCGUCGUACAGGACCCGGUGCUGCAGUCCUCGACACGGUGGAGUCUGCAGCUGACUUCAUUGAUGACCAUAAUAUCUCAGUUGUAGGAUUCUUUGAAAGUCUGGAAAGUGAGGUUGCGAAGGUGUUCACAGAGGUCAUGAUGGAUAUGACUGACACUGAGUUUGCCGUGACAGCAUCUCCUGAAGUUUUCCAGAAGUAUGAAGUGAAAUCUGAUACAGUGGUUGUCUUUAAAAAGUUUGAUGAUGGCAGAGAUGAUUUUGUGGUGACAGGAGAGAUGGACAAAAGUAAUGUGACCGCCUUCAUCAAGCAGAACAGCCUCGAGCUGGUCAUCCCAUUCAGUGAUGAGGUGGCAGAUAAGAUCUUCACCUCCAACAUCUUCCUGCACUGCCUGCUGUUCAUCAACUCCACUGUGGAGAGUCAGACAGCUCUGGUGGAGGAAGUUAGGACUGUUGCCAAGGAGUUCAAGGGCAAGAUGUUGUUCAUUACGAUUGACGUGACAGGGGAAAUGGAUCAUGUGCUGAGAUACUUCGGCGUGUCCAAGGAUGAAGUCCCCACUUUACGCAUCAUCAACAUGCAGACAAGCAAGAAGUUCAGCAUCGCCUCUGAGGAUAUCUCGGCAAAUUCACUCCGACAGUUGUGUCAGGAGGUCGUGGGCGGCACUGCCAAGCCCUACUAUCGGACUGAGGAGAUCCCGGAGGACUGGAAUAAAGGCCCCGUCAAAGUUCUGGUGGGAAAGAAUUUUGGGUCUGUUGCUCUGGAUGAAACCAAGAAUGUCUUUGUGGAGUUUUACGCUCCCUGGUGUGGACACUGUAAGCAGCUGACUCCCAUCUGGGAACAGCUGGGUGAAAAGUAUGCCGACCAUGAUGACAUCAUCAUAGCCAAGAUGGACGCCACGGUCAAUGAGCUGGACUCUAUUGACAUUCAAGGAUUCCCCACACUCAAGUACUUCCCAGCUGGUGGCAAAGAGGUGAUCGACUACACUGCAAAAAGGGAUCUGGAGACUAUGUCAAAGUUCUUGGAUGAUGGAGGAGUGUUGCCCGAGAAGCAAAGCGAUGAGCAGGAAGAUGAUGAUGAAUAUGAUGAAGAUGAUGAAGAGGAGGAAGAUGAGGAUGAUGAGGACGCUGGAGAUGAUGAUGAUAGCAAGGAGGAUGACGAUUCUGCAGAGGUACCGAACAACACAUCUAAAGAUGAGCUGUGA